AUGAACAAUUUUAUCGAAAAAUUCUGGCUGAUAUUUGAGCCAGUCUUGAGUGCACUGGUUGUUGAAAACUUGGACAACUAUAUCACGGACUAUUUACCAUCAUUUUUGGAUUCCAUUCGCUUGUCAACAUUUACUUUGGGCUCAAAGCCGUUCCGAGUUGAAACAAUCAAAACCUACGCCGACGCUGAGCCGGACACUGUGUCUAUGGACUGUAAAGUAUCAUUUAUUUCGCAUGAUCUAAGUGAUUUAUCUUCUGAAGAAUUGAAUAGCAAAGUGAACCCUAAAAUUAUAAUGCAGGUGCGUUUCGGAGGUCGACGUGUUGGUGCAGGAUUUCCUGUCCUAUUGGAGGAUUUAACCUUUGCAGGCCAUUUAAGGGUCAAAAUCAAGCUUAUGAGUCGAUACCCCUUCAUGAAAACACUUGAAGUUAGCUUUUUGGAUAAACCCGAAUUUGACUACGUUUUAAAACCUCUGGGAACAGAUACCUUUGGAUUGGAUGUCAACUUUAUCCCAGGUUUGCAGAGCUUCAUUCGUGAGCAAGUGCAUAACAUUCUAGGUCCUUUGAUGUACGCGCCUAACGUUCUUACUGUCGAUGCUGAAAAAGUUUUAGCUGGUGAUUUCGAUUUUUCUUCUGCAAACGGACUGCUCGCAGUAACAGUUUACUCAGCUGAACGCAUAAAAAAUAUUGAUGAUCUUGUCGAUGAAGCACCCAACCCUUACGUUCGAUUUUAUUUGGACCAUGGACAAGAGUUGGAUCGCACUUCAGUCUGCGAAAAUACUUAUUCACCCGUUUGGAAUGAGACACGGUAUCUCAAGCUGAAUAACUUGAAUUCUCUUUUAUCUAUGGAAUUGAAAACUUCUCGAAACGGAUUCAAAGAUAGACGUUUGGCGACAGCUAAUUUCGAUCUGUCUCAGCUGGAUGAUGAAAGUCAGGCUGAACAGGAGGGAUUGAACCUAUUGUUAUUGCGUAAUGGCAAGCAUGUGAGUGAUCUUCGCGUGGAUAUUCGCUAUUUGCCUAUUUCCAAAUCUACGAAACGGGAUGACGGUACUAUUGAGCCUGCUGUUGAUUCUAACUCUGGUGUUCUUCGCUUAGUCAUUCAUGAAUGCCGUGAUCUCCAGUCACUUCAUGGCAGUAUCAGCCCCUUUGUUCGUAUCAUUGUCAAUGGAGUUGAAAAAAAGAAAACAGCUGUUAUGAAAAACAAACGAGAUCCUAAAUACGAAGAACCUUACGAAAUUGUGGUUUUGGACAAAACAAGCUUUUUUAUACGAGCUGAGAUUAUAGAUCAUGCUAACAAUGACAAGUUAUUGGGCACUUUCACUUCUUACUUAUCAGAUAUGAUGCAACUACAAACAACAAACUCCAGUUGGUGGAAGCUCAUGCAUGAGGACAAACAAGUUGGAGAGUUGCGGUUAAGCGCAGAAUGGAAGCCAGUGAUGAUGACAGGUCUUUCAGAUAUCGCUAAUAUUCAUGGCUUUGAUCAAGCACCUAUUGGUGCUAUACGCUUCACCUUUUGGGAAGCUCGCGACCUGCGUAAUGCUGGUAUGGGAGGCAAGAGUGAUCCCUAUAUUCGUGUGUUAUCCGGCUCCCAAAUAAGAGCUCGUACUGAAGUUGUUGAAAAUAAUCUUAAUCCAGAAUGGGGUGCAAGUCUAUAUGUACCUGUCCAUUCUCUCAAGGAGAUUUUUGUACUCGAAGCCAUGGACUGGAAUGCAAAGUCGAAGGAUAAAUCAUUGGGUAUGACGGAAUUUAAGGCGUCUGAAAUUAUUCAACAACAAAUAGGCAACCAAAGUGUCAACCCUGAUGUAUGGUAUGAAGCGAACGCAGCCAACUUUAACAAGCGUAGUACUAAAGGCGAGCUUCACUUUUCUGCCGAGUUCUUCCCAGUACUUACUUUACCAAACACCAACGAUACCCAUAAUGUUGCAACUGUAUCUGCAAUGCCUUUGCGAGGACUUCACGGUUCUUAUAUUCGAUAUACACCUGAUGACUUGGUAGAUCUUGGUUCCUAUAAUUCAGGUGUUCUGAAAAUUAAGAUAAUGGACGUACAACUCUCCAGCACUGCCUAUUGUUAUUGUCAGGUUAUUGUGGACUCGCUUAUGCCUUGUUACAAAACUGCCAAGCUACGUGGUUUUGAUUUAAAAUUCGAUGAAUAUGCCGAUGCCUUUAUCAAAGAGGCUGACUUUUCGCGAAUUGCUAUUGAGGUUAAACCUGCGCAUUCUACUGAAAAAGAUAUUCAUAAGUUAGGUCAUUGGAUAGAUUCUGGAUCGGCUAUCAUCCGUCGUAUCAUGAAACGCAAACGUUUAGGAUUAGCUGAUGACGAUGAAGGCACUUGGUUCAAUUUAAUAGGAACAGAUGGCCCAGCCAGAAUUAAGCUUAGUUUUAGAUAUGAUCCCAUGGAAAGCUUCGUGCUAAACCCCGAUGAGAGCUUAGACAAUCAAGGUAAUUUGACGGUGGAUCUUCUCAGCGCUAAAAAUCUUAUGGCUGCCGAUAAGUCGGGUACAAGUGACCCUUAUGUUGUCUUUACGGUCAACGGCGAAAAAGUGCAUAAAAGUGAAACCAUAAAGAAAACUCUAAACCCUAAAUGGCGUAACGAACGGUUUACCGUCCCUAUUCAAUCGAGAGUUACCGCAAGUAUUAGAAUCGAAGUAUUUGAUUGGAACCAAGUCAAGGGCCAUACAAGCAUCGGCUCUGGUGGUAUCACUCUGCGCGGUGACGCUGUUGAAUCCUUUGGUUCACGUCUAGUUGAUAUACCCCUCGAUGGUAUUGCAGGUGUUUCAGGCACUGUGCAGGUUCGUUUUACAUGGCAGCCACAAUUGUUAGCUUCUAAUAAGCGGCAGAAAACAUCGGUACUAGCAACAACACGUACUUACCUUCAUGACGAUGUUAAUCUUGAAGCAUCAGGUCCACUUAUCCGUGAUUCUCGAUUGACAGUUGGUACAGAAUCUAAUCAAUCACGAGCAAGUUUCGAUGAUAAUGCAUCUAUAAGUGCACUCAGCUUUGCUGACACAGCAGCCUUAAGUGACGCCACUGGUAAACCAGGUAUUGUAACGAUAACACUUAUCGAAGCUCGUGGUUUACGUGGCCCUUUCGUUUUUGAUUUUAAGGUCAAGGACCAUAACAAAUUUAAAUCAUCCGUCGAUCUUGGUCAUAGCACGAUCAAUAUUUGGGAUUUGAUUAAGCCGGAUCUACCUGGCGGUGAUACCUUUAGUCAAUGGUUACCAUUAUUCCCUCCUGGAAGCGGUGAGAUUGCGGUACAUGUUCAGUUUAAACCAACUAUGUGA